ACGCCUUGGCACCUGCAUCCUCCAGACCACCCACAUCCCCACCGUCCCACAAGCCGCCCUCACGCUGGAUCCACCUUGCUGCCUUGCACAUCUCAUCCAGCAGCAGCGAGCCCGCGUCUCUCGCCUGCCUUUCGCGCGCUCGCGUGCGCGCCCCUCACCGGCCGUGCAGUCUGUCGCCGGCGUCCUCCUCCCGCCCUCUUGACACCGCUGUCCUCUGCCGCACGCGGCUCUAGCAGCAGGCAGCCAUGCCGCGCGUUCUCAUUGCGCCCUCGGUGCUGGCCGCCGACAUGGGCAAUCUGAACCACGAGUGCAAGCGCAUGAUGGAGGCGGGUGCAGACUGGCUGCACAUGGACGUGAUGGACGGGCACUUUGUGCCGAACAUCGUGCUGGGCGCGCCGAUUCUCUCGUCGGUGAAAAAGGCAGUGCCGAACAUCUUCAUGGACUGCCACAUGAUGGUGACGGAGCCGGGGCGGUGGGUGAAGGACAUUGCAGAGGCAGGCGGAUCGAGCUAUACAUUUCACAUUGAGGCUGCCGACGACCCGAUGGACGUGGUGCGGCUGAUCAAGGCGACGGGCAUGCGCGCCGCCGUCGCGAUCAACCCGGGCACGCCGUCGUCGGAGAUCUCCAACGAGCUGGGUGAGGCCGUCGACAUGAUCCUCGUCAUGACGGUGUGGCCGGGCGCGGGCGGGCAGAAGUUCAUGAAGGAGUGCAUGCCCAAGGUGGCGGAGCUGCGCGCGCGCUUCCCGAACCUGGACGUGGAGGUCGACGGCGGCGUGGGCCCAAAGACGAUUGACCGGUGUGCCGACGCAGGCGCCAACAUCAUCGUGGCCGGCACGGCCAUCUUCAACGCCGACUCGCCGCGCGACGUGAUCGCCUUUCUGCGCAACCGCUGCACGGCGGCGCAAGAACGCAUUGCGCGCGAGCGCGAGCAGAUUCUCUUUGACCCCGCGGCCGACUCUGCGCUCGACGACGACGACGACCAAGGGCCGACGGUGUCGCGCCCCGGCAGCCGGCCGACGACGCCGCUGAGCCAGCCGCGCGCCUACCUGCGGCACCUCGUCGCGCGCCGCUCGAGCGGCGCCCUCGAGCCGAUGAAGCGGGGGAACCCGCCUGAGGGCGGCCCCGUCAAGGGCCUCAGCGCGCAGAUGGGCAUGACGUCGAUCGGAUAGAGGCGCAGCUCCGCCGUCGUUGUGCGCUCCUCGCCGCUCGUCUGUGCGCGCGCCAUGCGCCGAGCGCGGCGUGCCUGCACCACAUCCUCUCAUACAGCAUCCUUCACUUCUGCUCCGGCCCCUCUCUCUCUCUCAUACACUUGUCGCGGCUCUUCUUGCCCCUCGUUCCCGCUUCCUGGUCCCCCGACGCGCCCCGCAUACUUCACGCUGCCACGCCCCACUCCUUCCAACCCAUGCCCCUGCACCCCUGGGCGCGCAAUGGCACCGUCAUGCAGCCU